AUGGAGGAGAUGUUGUUGAGUCGUUCAUCUUCAUCAUCAUCAAUACAUUCUUUUCCAUCAUCAUCAUAUUCUGCUUCUUCUUCUUCCGCUGCUGCUGCUGAGGAAGCAAAGCAGGCCGCACAACAACUACCCCUGUUGUCCUUGAACCAUGUCUCAUUUGUUUGCAAAUCUGUCGGCAGAUCGGUGAGGUUCUAUGAGGAAGUACUAGGAUUUGUGCUCAUUAAAAGGCCUUCUUCUUUCGACUUUGAAGGAGCUUGGUUGUUCAACCACGGAAUUGGAAUCCAUUUGCUUGAAGUAACGGAUGUCCCAAGCAAGAAAGGCAAGAUUAAUCCAAAAGACAAUCACAUUUCUUUCCAGUGCUCCAAUAUGGAGGUCAUAAUGCAAAAGUUGGAGGACAUGAACAUAGAAUAUGUCACAGCAGUGGUUAAGGAAGGUGGUAUAACAGUGGAUCAGCUCUUCUUCCAUGAUCCUGAUGGCUACAUGAUUGAAAUUUGCAAUUGCCAAAAUCUCCCAGUCCUUCGACUUUCUUCCUGCCCACUUAAGAAGCUACCAAGACCAACCAGCAACAACCAAUUAAAGUCAUCCUCCUACGGAAAGUCAACCCCAAGUGUACAAUACUGUCGUGGAGAAGUAGAAGCUAUAAUGAUGGAGAACUUAGCUGUGGACAUGAUGAAUAUUUCCUUCUGA